AUGGCAAACUUUGAUCCUGCUGCAGGUGAAGAUUUGUCCUACAAAGUCCUGAUUGUUUAUUGUUGUAGUAGGAGUAGCGGCAUUAUCAUUCUUUACUGUGCUGAGGGAACUCGAACUAUCCCCUCUCCGCCGUUGGUAGCCACUUUUAAAAAUGGAUACUACGGGCGAGAGCAUUCUGCUAGAAAGGACGCAUCUUUUAAGCCAAAGCUGGACCUGGAACUGGUUUUCCGUGGUCAACGUCAACGUAGUAGGGGAUCAAGUGUCCGCUCCGAUGUUCACGGGAAAUCACAAUAGACAACAGCAGAAAAUGCCGAAAACGAUAAUGGUUAUUGAUAUAUUGCGGAGAACAUCUGGCAUAACUAAGUUCUGAAAAAACAGCCAGAUUUUUCUUUGUUUCCUCCGCGUAAGACCAAUCCCUGGCAGCUUUAUGAGCCUCGGUCGCUGCUCAGGGGUAAUGCACAUCUUUCUUACAAGCUUUGCAGCUUGGAUACCAGAAACUUCGGAGGCAAAGAGGUUACAUCAUGCAUCUAGUUACUUGUUGCAGCAGUGACUUGGGUGCUGGGGCUAACUAGUUUGAGCGCAGGCAAAGUAAAGCGCCAUAUGAGCUCAAUGAGUUUCUCGCGCCUCUAGCGUCCUCGGGCAUGUAUGUCGUAGUUAAUUUUUACUACAUAACUUAAUAAAUCAUAAUUAAAUUUAC